ACUGCACGAAGCGGCAUCGUCGCGUCGCGUAGUUUCACUUCGCUUCGGAUCAAUAUUGCAACAGAACGCGUCGUGUCGCUUUUGAAAGCCAGUCGCCGCGACACAGUUUAGCCGCUUGGUUGUCGCAAAGCAACAUAGCGGCUACUUAUUUGAAAAUUUUAUUAAAUUUUAGCUAUAAAAUGGCUCUGCCACUGACCUUUGAUUUGCCGGUAAAUGUGUUUUCUUUGAUAGAUGAAGUGAGGAAACGACCGGUACUAUGGGACACUGAUAAUAGGAGAGACACGUAUACCCACGCCGCCGCAAUGUCAGCAUGGAAAGAGAUUUCGGAGAUCGUGGGAAUAGACGAAGAGAAAUGCAAAACCAAAUGGAAACACAUGCGAGACUCGUUCCGGCGACUCAAGAGGUUCCAAGCGACCAAACCGAACCACAACUCCUCAAAAUGGCGAUACUACAAGCGCCUGCGCUUCCUCGAACCACAAAUAAAACUCGGCACCGGGAUCAGAAGACGACGGAACCAAGAAGAGAUGGUCUACGAAUCAGGCGACGAAGAAAACCGUGAAGAACCGGUCACAAUCAAGUUCGAACCGUCAGAACUCAGACGCAGUAUGCCACAAGAAGUCAUGGUGCAAGAACCACUGACCCCAGCCGGCACACACAGGGAGUAUGAUGCUCUAGGAAUGGGAGAACCUGUCUUGUCUGAUGAUGAAUACAAUCUGAUGUUCUUGAAGUCUUUACUGCCGUUCCUCAGGCGCCUAGAUCCGCUCAGGUCUCUGGUUGUUAGGAAUAAAUUGCAAGAGAUCUUGUUUGCUGAGAUUAAAGAGCAGGAAUCGUUAGAGUAAAGUAGACUGAUUUGGUAGCAAAAUUUUUGGCUCUGCUAUUGUAUGUGUUAUGGAACGAGGGCGAUCAUUACAGUCGAGUAAGCAUUAACUAAUUUACUUACUUGCAUAGAUUUAGUUACUCUCGUAGAACGAUGUCCUAUUCUUUGGCUUGAUAUGUGAUAAUUAUUAUGUACGAAAGUUAAUAAAUGUUUAUAAAGUAA